AUGUUCUCAACCCUGGAGUCAAAGGCCCACUCUCUACGCAAGCGUAUGGUGUCAAAUGCCUACUCAAAAUCCUUCAUCCAAGCCUCGCCAGCUGCCAAAGCACAAGCACGCAAGCUUCUCUUCGGUCGUCUCCUACCCCUGUUAUCUGAAUCAUCAGCCGGUCCUGAGCCUCAGGGCAUCGAGGUGUUUUCGACCUUCCUCGCUUCGACAAUGGACUUUAUUACGGCAUACAUAUUUGGCUUACGCAACAGCACUGAUUUCCUCAGAGACAAGUCCUACAGAGACCACUGGCUGCAGCUGUAUCUCGUACGCGCGAGCUUCGGGUUCUGGCCGCAGGAGAUGCCGCAGUUGACGGAAUUCUUGGGUCGGUUCGGACCGGUGCUGAAGCCGUAUCCUGCUUGGGUCGAUGAUGCGAAUGCUGAAUUGCGGGAGUGGAACACGAAGUUAUGCGAGAAGACGUACAAUGCUACUCACGGAUUAGAAGUCGCGGAGAAGCAAGACCCCGCAGAUGAACCCGUCGUUUUCCAGGCCAUGGAGGCCGGAAUCGAGAAGGAACGUCGAGUCAACGGGAAAGAGUCUCUGCUCUACUCAACAGCCAUACUCAAGAAGGACCUGUCAAUGGCAUCCGAGUUGUUUGACCAGCUUUUGGCGGGCCAAGAGACGGCCGGCAUCGCACUCACAUACUUGGCUUGGCAUUUGUCCAAAUCUCCGGAUUUGCAGCAGCAGUUGAGACAGGAACUCCUGACUUUGGAACCUCCCCUGACUAUGCCAGCCGAUGGAUCUCUGCCAGGCAACCUCCCGGACCCAAAAUCUGUCGAUGCACUACCACUCCUGAAUGCCAUGGUCAUGGAGACGCUCCGUCUGAAUGCCCCGAUCCCAGGUCCCGAGCCACGACAAACGCCUCAACCGUCUUGCCAACUCGGAGAGUUCCAUGUCCCUGGAGGCGUCCGCGUCGCUGCUCUUGGCUACACCCUUCAUCGGAAGGAGAACGUGUUCCCGGAACCUGAAGUGUGGAAUCACACUCGUUGGCUUGAGUCGGAGACCAACGAAGAACAGCGCCGCGAGAUGAGUCGUUACUUUUGGGCUUUCGGGAGUGGAGGAAGGAUGUGCGUCGGGUCGAACUUUGCAAUGAAUGAAAUGAAGCUUAUUGCAGCAGCCAUUUGGUCGAAUUUCACGACGUACAUCGUCGAUGACACAGACAUCGAACAGGAUGACACAUACACCGCACGCCCGAUAGCAGAGCAGUUGAUGCUGAGAUUUGAGCGCGUAUAG